CCCAAAAUGGUUAUGAUGUGUCAUUUGAUGCCAACGGGGAUCCUGUGGCCACAUAUGAACUGGUCAACUGGCAAAAAAGUGCCUGUGUCAGUGUGUACUGACAGCUGUCCUCCAGGAACCCGAAAAGUGCUGCAGAAAGGAAAACCCAUCUGCUGUUAUGAUUGUAUACCAUGUCCUGAGGGAGAGAUUAGCAAUGCCACAGAUUCCCCUGAUUGUUUCCCUUGCCCCAAGGAGUUCUGGCCUAAUGCAGAGAGAAACAAAUGUUUCCCCAAGCCUGUAGAGUUUCUUUCCUUCGAUGAGGUCCUGGGAAUCAUCCUGGCUGCUUUCUCAGUUGGUGGUGCCUGUCUCGCCAUGAUAACAGCGGCUGUGUUCUUUCGUCACAGGAUGUCCCCGAUU